AGAAAGUGCCCUACCGCUUUGACUUUUGCUAUGACGUGCUAUGACACAACAUCAAUGUCAUCAAUUGACAUUUUUCAAUUUUCUAUAAAAUAAAUUAUUAAUCAAAUUUUUUAUUCGAGAAAUUGCAAUUAUGGCCUGUUUGCCAACAGGAUUGACCACUCACACUAGAAAAGUGCAGAGCUUAUAUAAAAGGUCUGUCCGGAUGCUGGAAGCCUUUUAUGACCGAAGAGAAGUUUUCCGAUUCCAAGCUGUCCUCAUGAGAAAAAGAUUCGAUGACAACACUAAAAUUACAGAUAUGAUCAAGGCCAAAGCUCUAUUACUUGAUGGGGAAGAAGAAUUGUUCCAAAACCAGCAUUGGCAUCCAAGAAAGUUUCCCAAUUCUCCUGGAGGUACAGCCUACGGCAGGGAAGUCAUACCUCCAGACUGGGUCCUAGACUAUUGGCAUCCUCUAGAAAAAGCUCAGUAUCCAGAAUACUUUGCCAAGCGAGAACAGAGAAAGAAGGAAUUUGUGAAACUUUGGGAACAACAGUAUGGAAAGUCCACUGCUGGCUCAGGUCACCAUUAAAUUGUUAAUUGAUUUUGUUAGUGAUUUAUUUUAAUGCAAAUAUAAUAAGUUAUGGAAUUAA